UCCUCUCCUCUCCCCGCGGUGCUGUACUCAGGGACGCCAAAUGGGAGGGGACUAAAGUGUACAAAACGUACGCGAGGACCGAGUGUAGACAAAGUCUUGAAUGAAACGCUGCGCCGCGGUGAUAAAAUGGCUUUACGUGUGACUAUACGGUUAAGUUAAGGUCGUCGUGGGUGUUUAGGAGCCGAGAAUGCUGAGCUGCUGGUGUUCCUUUUGAGUUGAGACAGUGUAGCUGGUACUUGCAUCUACAAUGGCCACUGCAGAGGAUGAGAUUGAGCCUCCCUCUCAGGCCUCUGCAGCCCAAAUCCUUGAUAAAAGACGCUUCUCUCAUGACCUUCGCGUUCUGGGACGAGACGAGGUUGACAAACUCUUAUCCACCACCGAGGGCCGACCAUUUAGUGUGAUACAUCAUCUUCCAGAAUUAAAGGAGGAGGGUAUACCUUAUUUGAUUCCUGGUGUCCCGAUCACAUGUCGAGUGGAUAACACAGAGAGAUACACGACUCGCUCUAAGGUCCAUGUCGGCACCCUGUACACAGUGAUGCUAACCCAUGGUCAAUUCCACUGGACGGUCAAGAGGAAGCACAAGCACUUCCAGGAGUUGCAUCGAGACCUUUACAACCACCGUAUGAUGAUUCAUUUAAUGCCUUUGGGAAGAUUUGCAAAGGAAAGGCAACAGCUGAGGGCCAUGUCUGAGGAAAUGCCCAGCCUACGCGGUCAUCAACGGACUAGAAGGACCUCCAGCAAAAUGAAAUACCUUGAAGAGCACCUGAAUGAUCUGCUGGAAAACACGUUCUGUAGGAAUGACCACAGCAUGCUGGAGUUUCUCUCGGUCGGUGCUCUCUCCUUCGUCACGGAUCUUGGGCCCAAAGGCUUGGAAGGGCCCAUCUUCAAGAGGUCAGGGGGUCACCGUGUUCAAGGUUUGAAUUGCAUCGGCCAUCAUCAGAUCUGCUACCGCUGGUCACGGCGGUGGCUGGUGGUGAAAGAUUCUUUCUUGAUGUACAUGAACCGAGAAAACGGACACAUCAACUUUGUUUUGCUCUUUGACCCCGAGUUCAACGUGAAAGUGGGCCGUGCUUACACCGGCACUAAAUACGGAGUAUGCAUCGACAACUUCACUCGGAAUCUAAUCAUCAAAUGCGGUAGCUAUCGACAAGCACAUUGGUGGAGUCAUGAAAUCAACCGUCUAGCUGCAACUUGCCAUUUCCUGAAAGUUCAACGCUUCGAUGGAUUUGCUCCUCCACGGGACAACACACUAACUAAAUGGUAUGUAAAUGGGAGCGACUACUUUGCCGACCUUGCCGAUGCGCUCGAGCAAGCAAAAGAGGAAAUUUUCAUCACAGACUGGUGGCUUAGCCCCGAAGUGUUCCUGAAGAGACCGGCGACCGAUAAUGUCUGGCGCUUGGAUGAAGUACUCAAACGCAAAGCUGAACUAGGAGUCAAAGUGUGUGUUCUGCUUUACAAAGAACUGGAGCUUGCACUUGGCAUCAAUAGCGAGCACAGUAAGAGGACUUUGAUGGAUAUGCAUCCAAACAUCAAGGUAAUGAGACAUCCUGACCAUAUGUCAUCUACGGUGAUCCUUUGGGCUCACCAUGAAAAAAUGGUGGCCAUUGAUCAAACUGUAGCCUUUGUCGGGGGAAUCGACCUGGCAUUUGGGAGAUGGGACAACAGCCAGUACCGGCUCACUGACCUUGACUCAACAGACACUGCUGGAAAAGUGAAAGAGACGGAGCCGCAAGGAGGGACGGAUGAGAAUGGUUUGGCUGGUCCAAAAUCAUCCGAGAAUCAAACACAGGAGGUUGUGGACCUGACAGGCAACACUAAACUGUGGUUAGGCAAAGACUACAGCAACUUUAUUAGGAAAGACUGGGUCCAGUUGGACAGACCAUUUGAAGAUAACAUUGACCGUACAAGAGUUCCUCGCAUGCCGUGGCGCGACCUGUCGGCAGCUCUUCAUGGCAGAGCAGCCAGGGAUGUUGCUCGUCACUUCAUCCAGCGCUGGAACUUCACGAAGAUCUUCAAAAUCAAGUACAAGGACGAUUUUUACCCCUACCUGCUCCCCAAAUCGCAUUGUUCUGCUGACAAACUGUGUUUCACGGUGCCUGGAUCCAAGAAGGCCAAAGUGCAGGUGUUACGUUCUGCGGAUCGGUGGUCUACUGGCACUUGUGAGAACUCAAUCCUCAGUGCCUACAUCCAUACCAUUGAGAACAGCCAGCACUACAUUUACAUCGAGAACCAGUUCUUCAUCAGCUGCGCCGAUGGCAAGACGGUCCACAAUGGAAUCGGCGAUGCCAUUGUGAACCGAAUCCUCCGCGCUUACAGAGAGCAGAAGAAAUAUCGGGUGUUUGUGGUGAUCCCACUUUUGCCUGGAUUUGAGGGAGACAUCAGUACCGGAGGGGGGAAUGCGAUCCAAGCCAUUCUUCACUUCACCUACAGGACUAUAUGUCGGGGGGAACAAUCCAUCCUGUCAAGACUCAGUGAAAUGGAGGACAAGUGGACAGAGUACAUCACAGUCUGUGGCCUGAGGACAAAAGCGGAGCUCUCCCAGUCGCCUGUCACUGAGCUCAUCUAUGUUCACAGCAAGACCCUCAUCGCAGAUGACCGCUGCUAUAUAAUUGGAUCAGCCAACAUCAAUGAUCGCAGCAUGCUGGGCAGCCGGGACAGUGAGCUGGCAGUGCUUGUGGAAGAUGAAGAGAGGAUCCCGUCCAUCAUGGGAGGGGAGGAGUACGAAGCAGGACCCCUUACACUUGCUCUGCGUAAAGAGUGCUUCAGUGUUCUUGUUGGAGCUGCUUCAAAUCCAAGCCUCAAUAUUGAUGAUCCAAUCAGUGAUGACUUGUUCUUCUUGGUGUGGAAUUCUACUGCCAAAAUGAAUGCCACUAUUUACAACAAGGUCUUCAGGUGCCUACCUUGUAAUUCUGUCCACAAUCUGCAAGAGCUCAAGGAGUACACCAGCAAGGAGCGCCUGAGUGACACAGACCCCGAAAAGGCCAGAGAAGAGCUCAAGGCAGUCCAAGGACUGCUGGUUCACUUCCCUCUGAAGUUCUUGUGUGAAGAGAACCUGCUGCCUCCACUGAACACCAGAGAGGGCAUGGCCCCUGUCUGGCUGUGGACAUAGUUGAAGAACAGCCCAUUCACAUCUCAAGGUAACAGUUGAGGAAUCGGUUACAGCUAACUUUACGUACAAUAGACUCAUAGUAAAUGUCGGCGGCCCUGGCAAUUUACUGGUGAGGAAAAUCCAACGUUGUCACCUUGUUCACAUUGACCACUGAAAUGUAGAUUUGAUCACUGUCACGAUGUGAGACUAUUUGAUUGACAUUAGCCAGUUGUUGUUUUUUUUCUUAAAGCAUCCGCUUUACUAUGUUCACAAUUCAU